AUGAAGGGCCUAUUGAAAGGCUUGAGAUGCAUCUCUCGUAUCUUUGAGAAUGAGAAAGAGCCCAAGAUACAGAUUGGGAACCCGACCGAUGUGAAACAUGUUGCUCACAUUGGAUGGGAAGGACUUGCAGAAACUUCCAUGUAUAUGAACGUGUUCAAGGCUCCUUGGUCAAUGUCUGAACGCUUUGAUGAGCCAAAGGAAGGAUCAAGCAGAAAACCAAACAGUUCAAGGUAUUACCGAACCGAGAAACAGAAGGGAAGGCGAAAAUCCUCGACAGGGACGAGCAACUCACCAGUGGAUUCUCCGAAAAGGAUCCUCGGAUCAACAAAGCAAUCAAAGCGAAACACAGGAAAACAUAGAGAACAGAUCUCGGGUUCGGGUUUAAGGUUACCAUUGCAGGCGGAAGAAAAGUCUGCAGAGUCGAAGCAUUCGAGGCAAAAUAAGUCGAAGGGCUCAAAGGAAAACGAUAUUUCGGUGAGGGGUGUGUUCCCUUUAACGGAUCUUAGGACUUCAACAGGAAGAUAA